CCAUCUACGAUCUCGCGAGACUUGGCCCAGAACAUUGCGGAUCGGGUCGGCGCCAUUUUGGGACUGAGACUGGCUGUUGGGGGAGGGAAAAGCGGCAAAAGGGGAUUAUUCAAAGUACCGAAAACCUCCUCCCGGGAUCAAGCGUAGCGGCACCCCCAGGCCAGGGGUACCUCUGGUGGGGCAGAAGGUAACACCGUCCUCUGUCCUCCGCACCGGCGUCCGGAGGAGGAAGGGAAGAGGGUGCCUGUGUCGGCGUCGGGGUUUGAGGGGUCGGAGCUGCGUCGGCGGCUCGAGGUGACUGAAUUACUCAGAUGUGAAGAUCAUCUAGGUUUUGUGUAAAAGGCCCCGGAUAUUUCAAGUGGCCAUUUUGGAAUUACAGUGUUUUUGGAUAAUUUUGCCCCAGAAGUUUAUUAAAAUUGGCAAGAAUCAUCUCUGAAGUGAAUUGAUAGUGCUAUCAAUUCAAUAAACUACUCAGUAAGAGACCCAGACAUUUCAUCAGUAUUUUGCUUCAGAUGGAUUAUAUAACUGGCUAACGUGUUUCAGGUGGUGGCACCCCCCCCAACCUCUCCUGUUGGUGUUCUUCAGCCAGAACUGUGAGAUAUGAUUGAUUUGUGUACUGAGUAGUUUCAGCAGUUUCGAAUUACAGUUUAAAUAUUGCUGAAGUUUAAUGGCAAUUUAUUUUUACCUUUAUUACAAGUUUUAGGGAUUUUCUGAUCUUGAUCCUUUUCAUGUCUCAAUGGAACAGCUUUUCUAGAUGAAGACAUUGAAAGAAUACAGAGUUUUUUUCUUUUCAUCUUUUACUUACGUGGAAAUUUAAGAUGUUGCAGUUUCCCACCGGUGUGGUAGUAUUGAGAUAGCUAUUUGUAUCUAUGUGCUGAAGUUUAGGACUACUCUUCAGAUGUGAAAUUUUCUUUUUGUUUCUACUUUUUGGCUCAUAACUUGGAUGUUUCUUCUGGAGUGGGAUAAGUACAACAGUGACAAGUACAUGGAAUAAUAAAGAAGACUUUGAUCUUAAAUCCAAGGAACUUGGCUAAUUUUGGAGAUAGCCAUAUGAAAACUUUAAAGCAUAAGUAUGGGUAGCUGACUUGAAAUAACUCUAUGUCAAAUAGUCAUAGGUUAAGUAUCUUCAAAGAACUUGGAUAUUUCAGAGGAUACAAAAUAAAAAAACAAACUGGAAAACAUAAAGAUUACAGAGAAAAAAUCAACACCUUGUGCAGUCCUGUUGGAAUUUGGACUUGCCAUGAGGUGUUGAAGCCUUGUUUCACUGUGUCGGAGAGACUGGACCUAAAUGGCGCAGCAUGACUUUGCUCCAGCCUGGCUUAAUUUUCCUACUCCACCAUCAUCAACAAAGUCAUCACUGAAUUUUGAGAAACAUUCUGAAAAUUUUUCAUGGACAGAAAGUCGAUAUGAUGUGAAUCGUCGACGACAUAAUUCUUCAGAUGGCUUUGAUUCUGGUAUUGGGCGUCCUAAUGGAGGUACCUUUGGAAGGAAAGAAAAGAAUGGAUGGCGUACACAUGGUAGAAAUGCUACUGAAAACAUAAAUCACCGAGGGGGAUACCAUGGUGGAAAUUCUCGUUCUCGAAGCAGUAUUUUCCAUUCUGGAAAAAGCCAAGGACUACAUGAAAGCAACAUACCUGACAAUGAAACUGGGAGGAAAGAAGACAAAAGGGAGCGAAAACAGUUUGAGGCUGAGGACUUUCCAUCUUUAAAUCCUGAAUAUGAAAGAGAACCAAAUCACAAUAAAUCUUUAGCUGCAGGUGUGUGGGGCCUACACGCCCAGACACACACAUACCCAACCAAAAAAAUCUCCCAAGCUCCUCUCUUAGAAUAUCCUCCGAAUCCUAAGUCUAGAGCUCCAAGAAUGCUGGUCAUUAAGAAAGGUAACACAAAAGAUUUACAGCUAUCUGGAUUCCCAGUAGUAGGAAAUCUUCAGUCACAGUCAGUUAAGAAUGGAACUGGUCCAAGUGUUUAUAAAGGCUUAGUCCCUAAGCCUGCUGCUCCACCUACAAAACCUGUACAGUGGAAAAGCCAAACUAAAGAAAAUAAAGUUGGAACUUCUUUCCCUCAUGAGUCUGCAUAUAGUGUUGGCAACUUCAAUGCUUUUAAAUCAACUGCCAAGAAUUUUAGUCCAUCAACAAAUUCAGUGAAAGAGUGUAAUCGUUCAAAUUCCUCUUCGCCUGUUGACAAACUUAAUCAACAGCCUCGUCUAACCAAACUGACACGAAUGCGCACUGAUAAGAAGAGUGAAUUUUUGAAAGCAUUAAAAAGGGACAGGGUAGAAGAGGAACAUGAAGAUGAAAGCCAUGCCUGCUCAGAGAAGGAUGAAGACUCAUUCAAUUUGCAUAACAGCAAUAGUACUCAUCAAGAAAGGGAUAUAAAUAGAAACUUUGAUGAAAAUGAGAUUCCACAAGAGAAUGGCAAUGCCUCAGUAAUUUCCCAACAGAUAAUUCGAUCUUCAACCUUCCCACAAACUGAUAUUCUUUCCAGUUCACUUGAGGCAGAACACAGGUUGUUGAAGGAAAUGGGCUGGCAGGAGGACAGUGAAAAUGAUGAAACAUGUGCUCCCUUAACUGAGGAUGAGAUGAGAGAAUUCCAAGUUAUUAGUGAACAGUUACAGAAGAAUGGUCUGAGAAAAAAUGGUAUUUUGAAAAAUGGCCUGAUCUGUGACUUCAAGUUUGGACCCUGGAAAAACAGCACUUUUAAACCCACAAUUGAGAAUGAUGACACAGAGACAAGUAGCAGUGACACAUCAGAUGACGACGAUGUGUGAAGGAUUUCCUAACAGCUUUAGAAAUUUUAGUGUGAUACAUCUCUCAUGCAGUUUGGGGUGAAUUGUAAAAAUGAAGAACUAUAAUUUAUGUAGUGAAAUAUACCCCAUUAGAAGAUGAUUUUUUGGGGGACUUCAAUAUGAAGAAAGCCAAGAAUAUUGGGUUGGGCUGUGUUGAACAUUAUUUCUUUGUAAAUGAAUGUUGUAGAAAUGAGGACUUUGGUUGAUCCAACAUUGACUUUCUUCAUCACUGCAACAUUUCUCUGACUAGCAAUGUGACGAUGUAACAAAUGAGAGUUUCUCAUUUAAUAAUAAAAAAUUGUGUAAUGUUUUGCAAAGCUUCUGUCUUAAAAUGUCCAGGUCUUAAGGAAAAAAAGGCAGCUUACACUGUUUUGCUUGCAGAGUCUUAUCUUUUUCAUACAGUGGAAAUCUUCAAGAUCACUUUGUGCGCCACCCAACCCCAUUCCUCAAAAGGCAGAAAGGAAGAUGUAGCAUGUUAGCUAAAACUGGAGCAGAGUGCACUAAAACAUUAAUUUCCUGAACUCAGCUGUUGUACUAGUCACCUUUUAAAACAUAAAUUCCUCUUUCGCUAUUUGUAGUGCACUAAGUAUUACAGGAGAGACUUUUCACACUUUGUUCCAAAUUUUAAAAGAUGAUUUUCAAGAGCUUUAAAUAUUCAGGUAUGUUGUCAGAUCAGGAUUUUCAGAGUUGAUGGAAAAGAGUCUUGUGGGAAAACUUAUUUUGAUAAAUUAUUACACAUGCAGAAAAACUGAUCACACUGACUGGAUCUGUCCACAACAUGGAAAAUAAACUGGAUUUUCAGAA